AUGGUUGAAAAGGUUGGAGAUUUUGGGCUUGCCAUGUUGUUGAUUGCAGGAAUUGACGCUCAAUCUUCUAUCAGGUCGACGAAUGUAUUAAAAGGUUCCAUAGGCUACAUACUUCUAGCGUAUGGUCUUGGGGGGAAACCCUCAACUGUAGGUGAUGUGUACAGCUUCGGAAUUAUGUUGCUAGAGUUUUUUACUGGAAAGAACCCAACCCAUGACAGCAUUGUAGAAGGAUUAAGCUUAACGAAAUGGGUAAAACCGGCUUUCCCAACCAACAUGGAGCAAGUUCUAGACCCUGAGCCACCUUCAGACAUUGAAAACCUUUGUCGUGAUGAUCAAUCCAUAAGCUCCGAAAUACGACGUGAUUAUUUGAAAAUAAUCGUUGAUGUCGCGUUAUCCUGUACUUUUGAUUCUCUGAAUGAGCAUAUAAACUUGAGAGGUGCUUAUCAUAAGUUGAAAUGUGUUAAAGAAGUCCUUCUCAAACCUAAUGUUACAUAG